CGGUUACCAGCAAAGCUCAAGACGCAAAGCAAAGCAAAAAAAAAAAAAAAAAAUUUGAGUCCCCAUGGAAACCCCAGUUCCAUGUCGAAUUCGAUCCUAAGGAGCAAAACCCACUUCCCAAUUCUCUCUCCCAAACCCUCUCCAAUCACCAAUUUGGAGGAGAGAUCAAAGAGGAGUGAGAUAGAGAGAGAGAGAGAGAGGUGAAUAGGAGAAAGAGUAGGCUAUUGUAUUUGGUAAAGGUGGGAUCUUCCUAGGGUUUGCAUGGGCUUUCCUUGUGAGGAUGUGGUGGUGAUCAGGGAGGCGGAGGCGGCCGGGGAGCCGGCGGAGAUCACGGUGAGCUGCCCCGACAAGACCGGCCUCGGCUGCGACCUCUGCCGGGUCAUCCUCUUCUUUGGCCUGAGCAUUGUCAGAGGAGAUGUGAGCACUGAUGGCAAGUGGUGCUAUAUUGUGUUUUGGGUGGUGGGAAGGAGAGGGAGUUCAAUUCGAUGGGGAUUACUGAAGAAGAGGCUGUUAGGCGUCUGUCCGGCAGUAACUGCUGCGUCGGGGCUCUAUGCAUUUUACCAUAGGCAGCAGCAGGAGAUGUUGGCGAUGGAGCAACAACCACAAGUCUUUCUCCUGAAGUUUUGCUGCUUUGAUCGAAUGGGCCUCUUGCAUGCAGAUGUUACACAGGUACUAUGCGAGCUUGAACUCACAAUUAGGCGCGUGAAGGUAUCGACCACACCAGACGGGAGAGUUAUGGACCUCUUCUUUAUCACUGAUGCAAGGGAACUUCUUCACACAAAAUGGAGAAAAGACGAGACGUGCGAUCAACUUAGAACUGCUCUUGGGGAGUCCAUGAUGAACUGCGACAUCGAACCAGCCAGUGCAGAAAUUGCUGCAUAUCUGCAGGCUUCUCCUUUUCUCCCCCCUCCAAUCACUGAAGAAAUGUUCAUCUUGGAGCUUCCCGAGGAAUUGCAUUCUAAUUCCUCUAAUUUUUCAACUAAGAAUCUCUCUGUCACAGUGGACAACUCCCUUAGCCGGGGUCAUACGCUUAUACAGAUAAUUUGCCCUGAUCAUAAGGGAAUACUCUAUGAUAUCAUGAGGACUCUAAAGGACUACAGCAUACAGAUAUCCUAUGGGAGGUUCUACUCAACCCAGAAUGGAAGUUGUGAAGUUGACUUGUUUGUGAUCCAAAUGGAUGGGAAGAAGAUAUUCGACUUGAACAAGCAGAUGUCUUUAUGUUCACGCUUGAGAAUGGAGCUGCUCCGACCGCUAAGAGUCGCCGUGGUCAGCCGCGGGCCCGACACUGAGCUUCUAGUCACAAAUCCUGUUGAAUUAUCGGGCAAAGGCCGCCCUCUUGUGUUCUACGACAUAACCCUAGCCCUCAAGAUGCUUAACAUUCGAAUAUUUUUGGGUGGGGACCGACUUCACGAAUCAAAAGAUUGGGGACUAAAACUAUGCUUAAAGGCUGAGAUCGGGAGGCACGUUAUUGGUGGCAGGGAGUGGGAAGUUUACAGAAUCCUCCUUAACGAUGAUUUCGACUCGGCCGCGUCAAAGGACAAGAUUGUUGACAGUGUGACAAAAAUGUUGAUGGGAUGGGAGUAGAUUAGCGCGAACAAAUUUUUCUUUUCGGCAUUUUUAUUUUUAUUUUCAUUAUUUUUGUUUGGUAUAUGUAUGGUAACUUGUAUAUUUAUUAUAUUCUUGUGUAUAUAAUGCAAGAUCACAUCAUAAAAUAUUUGUGUAGUUUGUAGCAGUUAGAAUGGCUCUAUUUUCUCUCUCUUUGGGGAGGAAGAGAAAUUUGAAUAUCAGAGAUAGAAAAGCCCUGUCCAUGUCCAUGUUCUUUCUGUAGUGUUAUUGCUAGAGAAGUGUUUGGUUGA